AUUGUAACUUGAAUUGCCUGGUGAUGGUAUGAGGAAGCAUCUGAAGAACUAUUUCAUCCACAAGAUCAAGUCUAUUUUUAGAUAUCCUCGUACAAUGUGCUUCCUGGUGACACAAACUUGUCGGACUACACUUUAUACACCCUUUUCUCUCACCACAGUGCUAGAAAGGCAGUAACUUCAAUACUGCAGCCUCCCAAUGAGCAGCAAUUUAUGACAACAUCAGCUCUUCGUAUAUUCCUGCACUUCAGAAUCUGAGGUAAUAAAGGGGUCGAGGAAGGCUGGGAAUCACCUCGGCAAAAAUUUGACAGGACAAUGUUUGCGAAAAAAGCCAAACAAGAAGUGACAAGCUACUGUGACUGGAUGUCGCAACUACCACCCGAACUCCACAACAUUCCUCUCUUUGAUCUAACCAUACCAGGUAGCCAUGACUCUAUGAGUUAUGACUUGGAUGUCAACUCCUCAAUAAUAGAACCCGACAGACUAAAAAUAUUCAGCAAGAUUUGUUGUGUAUGUAAAAUGGUGCGCAGAUGGGCCGUCACUCAGGAGGAGACCAUCACAAAGCAGCUGGAUGCAGGAGUUCGCUACCUCGACCUGAGGAUCGCUCGCAAGGCCCGUGACCGCGACCCCACCCGGCUUUACUUUUAUCAUGGGCUGUACACGAGGACGGAUGUGGAGACUGUUCUCAGGGCCAUACAUGACUGGGCAGAGAGGCACCCCAAGGAGAUCCUCAUCCUGGCUUUAUCCCACUUCCAAGGGUUUGACAAAACCAUUGGCGCCCAGCUCCACAAACAUCUCAUCAGCUUUAUCUUGACCUUGUUUGGAGCCAAACUCAUCCAUAUCAGGGACACCCCUACCCUGAGGAGCUGCUGGGACAAAGGCAGAAACGUCAUAGUCUCAUAUGACUAUCCGACGCUACAGCACGGCGAGCUGUGGAGUAAAAUACCUUACUACUACGGCGAUAGUAUGGACACCACAAAGGUUGAAUCCAAACUCAGUCACAUGUUGGAGACGGCAAGGCCUGUUAAGUGUUUCUUUGUGUGUGGCCUGAACCUGACACUGCCAGAGGAUGCCAGGAUACUCAAGUACAUCCUCCGCCUUUGUGGCAACUUUGCCAACGUCAUACAGAGGAGUCUGCCGAGGCUGCUGCGGUGGGUGAAACAGCAGGCCGCCAAAACGCCCAUGAACAUUGUGGCCUCGGACUUGGUGACUCGUGAUGACUUUGUCCCGACGGUGGUCAAGCUCAAUGCAUGGAGACCUGUGAAAGCGUAGACGCAUCUCAUUUUGUUCCUUCCUUUUAAUAAAAUAAGUUCCCUUCACAUUA